AUGGCUGAAUAUGAUGAUACCAAAGUGAAGGACAACAUGGUAGUGGCGAUCUCUGGCGCAAUCAAGAGCCUGCAGCUGUAUUCCAUUUCAUCCAAAGAUCGCUCAAAAGAUACACCAAAGGUUAUUUCAAACAACAAUUUGCAACUCCAUGAUCUCUGUAUACAGUUGGAUCGAGCUUUUUGUCAUGGGAAUACGUAUCUUACAUUGUCUUGCAUUAUAAGUUUACGUGCUGGUAAAAACGGAUUUUGGAAGUAUCUUCACGGAGUUAUUCCUAAGAAAACAGUGCAAGAAAUUGAAGGAUUAGCAAAUGUUUCAAGUGACAUCGGCAAGGGUCGUGCGUGGCUCCACUUGAUACUAGCAGAAAGCAGCCUAGAAAGUUAUUUACGUUUGUUUGCCAAACAGAACGAUAUACACAAAAGAAAACAUUAUCAUAGAUAUGCACUGUUAUGUGACAUUGAGAGAAUGCAGCUACUAGAGACAGUAGCAUCUGGUUUAGAUGCUAUCCAGUUUGUUCUCGAUAUGGACGUCCCUUACAUGGAUUCUGUUGAUUAUUCUACCCCUUUUGUAUCGGGAAAUGUUAAUAACGACGAUAAGCUUUCUAAUACACCUGGUUUUGCAAAAAAGAAAGUAUUAACCAGUAUGGGCUACGUUGACUGCGUUGUCAAGUCAAGUGAAAGCAAGUCGGCUGUAAUGUCUCCAGCCAAUGAUAACAUAUCGCCUAAUGCAGAAGUUAAAAAAGAUAAAACCGCUCCAGAAAAGUUGCCCCAAAAAGAACAUCCGCGGCUAAGUUCUGCUCCUAUUCCUCCAAUGCUGCAAGCGUCUAUAACAUCUUCUGAACAUAUGGCUGACACUGUUGUUAGUCGUAAUCGAAAAAAGAAAAAAAAUAAAUCAUCUAAAGGCACUAGCCAAAGUAGUCACGACAAGUCGGCUAAAUCGCAUGGUGAUGUUAUCACAGAUGACAAAAUUCCCACUGAUGUGCUGGAUGAUAAAUAUCUUAGCACUGAAGAAAAUAAGAAUGAUUUCCACGCAAAAGAAGCACCUAUGGAUCCAGUAGAUAGUACAUCUGUGACGUCGAAAGGCGAACUAAUUACAAAGCCUUCGGAGCUACUCCAAACUGAGUAG